AUGACCUCAACCGUGAUCAGCGACACCUACACCAUCCUAGCAGGGCUACCAGCCUCUCACCGACAGUGCCCAUUCCCAAACUGGAAACAACUACGAAAUGCCGUGCAAGCCAUAUACACCCAGCUAGAGCAACACAACUGGUCAGGAAACCAAUGGCUAGCUCUCACCGACAUGUCACAAGCUGCCAUCGAAAAGCUAAACGAAGACCAUGGCCUACUAGCAGGUAUCUCAGUCCGAUUUACAUGGAUCGGAACCACAGGGCUCCUAAAAGUAGCCGCCGGUGCUCCCCACCACUUCACUACAACAGAAAUAUUCCGUUACAUUGACUCUCAGUGUUUUGAAAUGGGAGUGCCACGCACGCAGCUCACCUGGGGAAUGGCAGUUACAUUACCCGAUCAGGCUGCCUCCCCACAGGGCAAGCAACCUGAUGCCUGCGUUUUCCCUCCAAAUCGCCAGCCGAUGCGUGGCCAGUGUAACGGUUGGCCGUCGCUCGUCGUGGAAACAGGCGUUUCGGAAUCCCUAACGAAGCUUUGUCGAGAUGCUACAUGGUGGUUUCAGAAUUCGUUGGGCGAUACUAGGAUCGUGAUUCUGCUUGCGAUUAACGCUGGAUCUAGAGAGCUGAGGGUUGAGAAGUGGCAGCUCGUUCCGUCCGGGAGGCUCGUCACUAGGCAUUUGAUUGAGGAGUUACGCCAACGGCCUGGUUUGAUACCGCCUCUUGGUCAGCAGCCAGCAGGUGUGCAAACUGCCUUUUGUGUUCAGGAGGUGGUCAUUACGCCUGAGUCAAUUAUGGGGCAGCCUCUUGUGAUACCUUUUAGGGCUAUGUUUGAUCGGCAACCGAAUGGGGCCGAGCGAGAUAUAAUUAUUGAUAAUGAGGGCUUUCGCGAGAUUUCGCGGUUUCUAUAG